CCUUUAAUGACCCUAGUCCCUUGUCCCUGCAAAAACAUGAGCAAAAAAGCAACUUUAUUGUCCACUGUCCAGGAGGAAGGGCAGAAGCCAGGAGGAUGAGCUGUAUAUUAUUAGUCUUUCAUUUUCGACAAUUUCACCGGUGAAUUUUUUUUUUUGGAAAGUCAUGUCGAAGGGAGGAUUGAUCAUAGGAGACGUUGUUGCACCGCUGCUGCAGCAGGUGGCCGACGCCAAGUCCAAGAUCUCUGCCCAAGAUAGCAGUAGCACGGGCUUCUCUAUUUUGGACGGCCUACUGCAAGAGAUCAAGACAGAGAUGCUGCUCAUCGUGGACGCUUUCCAAACACAAGAGGUUUUGGGUCGAAGACCUUGAUAAUAAAAUCAGCGUCGUCGCCAAACAGCUCGACAACAUCUUGGAAGACAAUAUCGAAAGUAUAGCAUUCCCUUCUCUCCAAGACGUCCACAAGAGUAUCUCUGAGGUAAGAGAACACGUGACUGGUUCACUUGGCCAGCUCAACUGUAAAUCAUCCAGGGUUAGUGAUACUCUUGUGUUGGGAGGAGGAGGAGGAGGAGGAGAGACCAAUUCAUCCACCACCGAGCUUCACUUCCCAACAGACUCAGCCACGCGACGAUUUGAAGUCAGCGAAAAAGUAUGAGAAAUUAAGUCCGAUGUUAGAAAGAUGUUUGCUUACCUUAGCCAUCUUCCCACAGGAUUCGAUCAUCAAAAAGAGGGUGUUGAUCCACUGGUGGAUUGGGGAGGGACUUGUUACCCCAAAUGGUGACAGCACAGCAGAGGAGGUUGGAGACCAGUGCAUCGAAGACCUCAUCAGUAAGGGUUUUAUCCUUCGUGGUAAUAGGAAGCAUUGCUCACAGGUUAAGCACUUGAAGGUGGAGCAAUGGAUUCGAGAACAGCAAGGCACCAAACGGCCGACAACCUCCAGUGGUUUCGUCCUGCAUAAUUUCAAGACAUGUUUCAACGUGGACAGACACAACCUGAGGUUCGAGGAGAACGGAUUCAAGGCGAUGAAAAAUGCUGCAGUGAUGCAGCUUGGGAGAUGGCAAACCUCGCCCAAGCACCACAUUGAAGCUGCAAGCGCUGAACUCUUGAAUUGGUUGGCAGAUUUCAACAAGUUGAGGUACCUCAGCCUCCGAGGUAUUUCAAACAUCACCUACCUCCCACCCUCCAUUGGCAAGCUGACUGACCUGAUGAUCUUGGACCUCCGAGCUUGUCAUAAUUUGGAGAACCUGCCAGUUGAGGUCACCAUGCUCAAAAAACUAACAUACUUGGACGUGUCUGAAUGUUACUUGUUGGAUCACAUGCCAAAGGGGCUCCAUUCCCUCACAAAGAUUCGAGUGCUGAAAGGCUUUGUGAUUGGGAACUCAACAAGCAAAGAUCCAUGCCGGCUCUGGGAGCUUGCCAGCUUGCAGAAUCUUUGGAAGUUGAGUAUCCGCAUAGGCCGUGACUCUGCCGGCAAGAAAAGGGAAUUCCAUGAACUAACCAAGUUCACGGCACUGCGUUCGCUGACAAUCACAUGGGGAGCUACAGCCUCAACACCGUCAAACGGAGUGAGAAAGGCACUGUCUGGCAAGUCAACCGCAGGAAUAUUCAACCUGUCUCCUCCUCCCAAUCUGGAUAAGCUGGACCUGCGCUGUUUCCCUCAUAAUAGAGCACCAGAGUGGUUGACUCCUGAGAAAUUUCCCAAGUUGCAGAAGCUGUACAUCAGGGGAGGUCGUUUUCGUCGUCUUGGUGUGGGAACAGAGUUCAAUUCUGUGCAGGUGUUGCGCUUGAGGUAUCUUCCUGAUUUUACGAUGCAAGAACCUUACUUGCUCAAAGUUUUCCCACGUCUGACGAUUCUAGAAGUCCAUCAGUGCAGAAACUUGCCAUCAAUUAAUCGCAAGCUAUGAAAUUUUGAUUUACCGUCGAAUGCAUGUGUUUGUAUUAUUCAUUCAUCCAUAAUCCAUUGCAUUUCAAUGGAAUCAUGAGUGUAUCUAUCAAUUAAUUGUUUGCUUAUGAUA